AGGAAGAUGAAGUCCUCAGUCCAUUCUGAAGAGGAUGAUUUUGCUCCAGAGCUACAUAGGAACGUUCACCCUCGAGAGCGGCCUGAUUGGGAAGAAACACUUAGUGCAAUGGCAAGAGGAGCAGAUGUUCCAGAGAUUCCUGGAGACCUUACUCUUAAGACAUGUGGCAGUACAGCCAGUAUGAAGGUGAAACAUGUGAAAAAAUCCAACAAUCCAGGACUGAUGGGCUGUGACAACAUUCACAGGUUACCCUUCACCAAAGGUCACUUUCCGAAGAUGGCUGAAUGUGCACAUUUCCACUAUGAGAAUGUUGAAUUCGGCAGCAUACAGCUUUCCCUUUCAGAAGAACAAAAUGAAGUAAUGAAGAAUGGUUGUGAAUCUAAAGAGCUCGUCUACCUCGUACAGAUUGCUUGUCAGGGUAAAAGUUGGAUUGUUAAAAGAAGUUAUGAAGAUUUUCGAGUACUUGAUAAACACCUUCAUUUGUGCAUUUAUGACCGCCGGUUCUCCCAGCUCUCAGAACUUCCCCGUUCUGACGCCUUGAAGGACAGUCCAGAGUCAGUAACUCAGAUGCUUAUUGCUUAUCUGGCACGCCUUUCAACUAUUGCUGGGAACAAGAUCAACUGUGGACCUGCCCUUACGUGGAUGGAGAUUGAUAACAAGGGGAAUCACCUUCUAGUUCAUGAGGAAUCAUCCAUUAACACACCUGCUGUUGGUGCUGCCCAUGUUAUCAAGAGGUAUACUGCUCGGGCCCCUGAUGAACUGACUUUAGAGGUGGGAGACAUUGUUUCUGUUAUUGACAUGCCCCCCAAAGUCCUAAGCACAUGGUGGAGAGGCAAGCAUGGAUUUCAGGUGGGACUCUUCCCUGGACACUGUGUUGAGUUAAUUAACCAAAAAGUUCCCCAGUCAGUGACCAACUCUGUGCCCAAACCAGUGCCCCAGGUUCUUCAAAGCUGUACAGCAUUCAUUGAGAGAUAUGGCAUUGUGGAUGGAAUAUAUCGUCUCUCAGGUGUUGCCUCCAAUAUCCAGAGAUUACGCCAUGAAUUUGACUCUGAGCAUGUUCCCGACCUGACAAAAGAACCUUAUGUUCAAGACAUUCAUUCUGUGGGCUCACUUUGUAAGCUGUAUUUCCGAGAACUCCCAAACCCACUGCUCACGUAUCAACUAUAUGAGAAAUUUUCUGAUGCUGUUUCAGCAGCAACAGAUGAAGAAAGAUUGAUAAAAAUUCAUGAUGUCAUCCAGCAACUCCCCCCUCCACACUACAGAACUCUGGAGUUCCUGAUGAGGCAUUUGUCUCUUCUAGCUGACUAUUGCUCCAUCACAAACAUGCACGCAAAAAACCUAGCGAUAGUCUGGGCUCCAAACCUCCUAAGAUCAAAGCAGAUAGAAUCAGCCUGCUUCAGUGGGACGGCGGCGUUCAUGGAAGUGAGAAUUCAGUCUGUGGUUGUGGAAUUUAUCCUCAAUCACGUGGAUGUCCUCUUCAGUGGCAGAAUCAGUGCAGUCAUCCAGGAAGGGGCAGCUUCUCUAUCAAGACCCCAGUCUCUGCUGGUUUCUUCUCCCUCCACCAAGCUGCUGACACUGGAGGAAGCCCAGGCACGAACACAAGCUCAGGUUAAUUCUCCAAUUGUGACUGAAAACAAAUAUAUUGAAGUAGGAGAAGGACCUGCCGCACUUCAGGGAAAAUUUCAUACUAUAAUUGAGUUUCCACUUGAAAGGAAAAGGCCUCAAAAUAAAAUGAAAAAAUCCCCCGUGGGCAGCUGGCGUUCCUUUUUCAAUUUGGGGAAGUCGUCAUCUGCUUCCAAACGGAAGCUGCAGCGAAACGAGAGUGAGCCUUCGGAGAUGAAAACCAUGGCCCUGAAAGGUGGCAGGGCAGAAGGAACUCUUCGCUCAGCUAAGAGUGAGGAAUCUCUUACUUCUCUCCAUGCAGUCGAUGGUGAUUCCAAGCUCUUCCGACCCAGAAGACCCAGAUCUAGCAGCGAUGCCCUGUCUGCUUCUUUUAAUGGAGAAAUGUUGGGAAACCGCUGUAAUUCUUAUGAUAAUCUGCCCCAUGACAGUGAAAGUGAGGAGGAAGUAGGGCGGCUCCACAUUCCAGCACUUAUAUCUCCUCAUUCAGCUGAGGAUGUUGACUUGAGUCCACCAGACAUUGGAGUGGCCAGCCUGGACUUUGAUCCAAUGUCAUUUCAAUGUAGUCCUCCCAAAACUGAAACAGAAUGUCUGGAAAGUGGUGCUUCCUUUUUAGAUUCAUUAGAACACUCCAAGGAUAAACCAAGUACCAAUAAAAAAGAAGCAGAGGGAAGUGGUAGCCAGUCUCAGACUCCAGGAAGCACUGCAAGUUCUGAACCUGUCUCUCCUCUCCAGGAGAAACUGAGUCCAUUCUUCACCCUGGACUUGAGCCCAAGUGAAGAAACAUCCUCUAAACCAUCCUCAUUCACUGAAAAGGUUGUCUAUGCUUUUUCUCCAAAGAUAGGACGGAAACUAAGCAAGUCACCUUCUAUGAACAUAUCUGAGCCCAUUUCAGUGACUCUGCCCCCUCGGAUAUCAGAAGUCCUUGGUGCAGUCACGGAAUCUGCGGCUCAGAACACAUCUUCUGCAACCCGGAACAAAAACGUGGAAGAAAUAGAUGUCACAGAUAGAUCCCCUACCCAGGUAGUAAUGAUGAGAAAAAGUGAGCAAGAAGCCCAAGAAGAUUGUGAACCUGAAGUCCAGGCCAUUGACCAGGUGGCUCUGGAAGAGAUGGCCUUGCCAGAGAGAGAGGAGCAGGCCAUCCUGAGCAGUCAGAGUAAGGCUGUACCUGCUGGACAGGCACAGACAGGAGCAGUUACCCAUGACCCCCCUCAGGAUUCCGUUCCUGUCAGUUCAGUCUCUCUUAUCCCACCACCUCCGCCUCCGAAAAACGUUGCCCGCAUGUUGGCGCUAGCCCUAGCUGAGUCUGCACAGCAAGCUUCAACUCAGUCAUUGAAGAGACCAGGGAAUUCUCAGGCUGGUUAUGCAAAUUAUGGAGACAUAACAGUGGCUACAGCUGAAGAUAAACUGCCCAGUUCCUACUCUAAUGUUACCCUAGAUAAGGCCUAUAACCAAACAGAUAUGCCAGUAGAGCAGUUCCAGCUCCAGAACAGUGCAUCUGGGAACUGUGGGCAGCAUGUACCAGACCCAGCAGCUACUGAGUAUCCUACCCAUUCCAGUGCAACUGAAUCUGGGGAGCAACUUCAUAAAGCAGACUCCCCAGGGAAUCAGCCACAUCAAACCUGUUUACCUGGGGACCUGGAACAGGCCCGAAUCCCUGUAGUUCCCGUCACAGACUCAGAGAGAUCUAAUGAUCAUAUGCAUUUCCCUGAAGACCAGUCUGGGAAGAUCAGCAUGCCAACCGUGUCCUUUGUGGACCAGGACCUUUCUCGCCUCCAUUUCUACAGUGGGGAACAACCUCCCCUUCAUCUUGGUGCAAGGGUGGAUAGGCCCCACCACACUUCAGAACCUGGAGACAAAUCUUCCAAUCCUUCUAAUUUGCCUAGGGACAAAAUCUACCCUCCAUCUGGGCCCCCUGAAGAAAAUACCAGUACAACCACCCUGGCUUACAUGACAGCCAUUCCUGCAACAGCUGACGUCAACACCCAGGAAGCCAGCUGGACUGUGGUCGAGCCGCCUCCUGCAGCCACUGCGUUUGCUGUUGCUACCCUCCAGCGCGCUCACAGAACUAGUCGUCCCCUGCCCCCACCUCCUUCCGAGAGGUCCACAGAGCAGCCACUAACCGUGGGACAGGUACAAGCAGCAGCCAAUACUGGAUUAAAUAACUCCCACAAGGUUCCCGGAGUAGUUCCAGCUCCAGAGAAACCACCGGAGCCUAGAAUGAUCGAAGAGCCUUCUUUUGUCUUUGUCAGCGAUGGCAGUGCCACUGUUCAGUGUAGCCUCUCUGCAACCACGGUCUACCCAGGCCUUCCUGAAAGAGCCCGGGCCCCCAUGCUGCACCUACGCACUGAAUCGGUUCCUGUGCGCCCUUCCUGUGGUUUCACUGCUCCUGUCCCUCCUACCAGGACCAUGGAGAGUAAGAUUGCUGCUGCCAUCCAUGCCAGCAGUGCAGAUGCAUCCAACACUUCAAAUUAUCACUCCUUUAUCACUGCUUCUUCAGCCUCUGUGGACGAUGGUUUGCCUGUACAGCCUCCCAUCCCACAACUUAAGCAUGCUUCUCAAAAAACACCUUAUUCCUCCUUUGCCAGGCCUGAUGUCACUUCUGAGCCCUUUGGUCAAGAAAACUAUUUGCAUUUCAGCAUGACUCCAAACUGCCAGUUCCGCCCCCAGAGUGUACCCCCACAUCACAAUAAAUUGGAGCAACACCAAGCAUACGGUUCUAGAUCAGAGCCACCAGCCUCCGUGGGGCCUCGCUACAACACUUACGUGGCCCCAGGAAGAAAUUCAUCUGGACAUCAUGCUAAGCCGUGCAACAGGGUUGAAUAUAUGUCCUCUAUGAGCUCAUCUGUUAGGAAUGCUUGUUGCCCUGAAGAUAUUCCAUCUUACCCUACCAUCCGGAGGGUGCAGUCUCUCCAUGCACCUCCAUCUUCCAUGAUUCGCUCCGUUCCCAUUUCAAGGACAGAAGUCCCCCCAGAUGAUGAACCAGCUUACUGCCCAAGACCCCUGUACCAAUAUAAGCCAUAUCAGUCCUCCCAGGCGCGCUCAGAUUAUCACGUAACUCAGCUUCAGCCUUACUUUGAAAAUGGCCGGGUUCACUACCGGUACAGCCCAUAUUCCAGUUCUAGUUCCUAUUACAGUCCAGAUGGAGCCCUGUGUGAUGUGGAUGCCUAUGGCACUGUACAGCUGAGGCCUCUUCACCGCCUACCCAAUCGAGAUUUUGCCUUCUAUCAUUCUAGACUACAAGGGAAGAAUAUGUACAGUUAUCCUGGCUUGCCUCCGAGACCAAGGGCCAACGUAAUUGGCUAUUUCCCUGGAAAUGACCACAAUGCAGUCAACAUGCCUCCAGCAACUGACAUAAAGCACACUUACACCUCAUGGGAUCUUGAAGACAUGGACAAACACCGCAUGCAGUCCAUCUGGAGAGAGAGCCGCGCUCGGCAGAAGGUGCAAGGGCCUGUUAUGUCCCAGUACGAUAACCUGACGCCAGCUGUGCAAGAUGACGUGGGUGGGAUCUACGUCAUUCACCUUCGCAGUAAAUCGGAUCCUGGGAAAACUGGACUUCUCUCAGUGGCAGAGGGAAAGGAAGGGCGAUGCCCAACCAAAGCCAUGAGUCCUGAGGGAGAGGACCGCUUCUAUAGGAAGCAUCCAGAGCCAGAGUUAGAAAGAGCCCACCACCAUGGAGGAUAUGGCAAUGGGCAGCCAGAGAAACCCUCCCUCCCGCAAAAGCAAAGCAGCCUUCGGAACAGAAAGAUUCAUGACAUGGGUUGUAGUCUCCCUGAGCAUAGAGCACACCAGGACACAAGCCAUAGGCAAUUAUGUGAGUCAAAAAAUGGUCCACCUUAUCCCCAGGGAGCUGGCCACUUAGAUUAUGGGUCCAAAGGAAUUCCAGACACUUCUGAGCCAGUCAGCUACCAUAACUCUGGAGGGAAAUACAUUAUAUCAGGGCAGGAGUCUUUAAGACUAAACCACAAAGAGGUAAGGCUUUCCAAAGAGCUAGAGCGGCCCAGGGCUAGGCAGCCUCCUGCCCCAGAGAAACACUCUAGAGACUGCUACAAGGAAGAAGAGCACCUCAUGCAGUCCGCAGUCCCACCUCCUAAGCCAGAGAGGAGUCAUAGCCUGAAACUCCACCAUACGCCGAACGUGGAGCGGGACCCUGGCAUGCUGUACCAGUACCAGAUGCCCGGCAAGCACCAGAGCAGCACAACCGUCGUGUCCCAGUACGACAACUUAGAGGACUACCACUCCCUGCCACAGCACUCACGAGCAGUGUUUGGUGGAGGAGGAGGAGGAGGAGGUAUGGGGACAUACGUACCCUCAGGCUUUUCCCACUCACAGAACAGGACAUAUGCCACAGCUUUGGGCCAAGGGGCUUUCCUCCCGACAGAGCUGUCCCUGCAGCACCCUGAGACCCAGAUCCAUGCAGAAUGAGCCUGGAGCAAUAGAGAUGAAGCAGCCUCUGCUGGGCAGUGGACUGCUCUAUUUUUUUUUCAAUAACCAAAAAGAUUAAAAACAAAUGCCCAACUACAUUUAAAAAAUUCUAAUAAAAAUAAAUCGCCAUCAUACCCCUGACCUGCUUCAUCACCUCUUCCAUCUGUAGACUGUCAUUUUUGUCAUUUAAAGAAAUCUAAGUGAUUGUAAAAGCACCGUGUUGAAAAUCUAGUAAAGGAAUUUGUCAUGGACCACACUUGCCAUAUAGGGAUAAUUUGCAAGAGUCUGAGGACUGCCUCUAACCGAAUUUGAACUUGUUUCUUCUUAGAAUUUGCUAUGUAGCUCUGAGCGGUUUACAUCUAUUUCCUGGUAGACUUUUGCAUUUAUUGUUCUGUUCCCCUUACUUGCUGCAGUAGCCACGCAACUUUCCCUGGUAGACAUCCAGUUUUUCCUCCGUUAUCCCUUGUCUUCCAAAGAGGCUUCUCUGUUACAUUAGAAUGGCGACUUCCCUGACCCUUAAGAUAAGCCAAUUGAAAAUUUAGCCACAUUGUAAUUUAAAAAAAGAAAACAUUAUGGCUUUAAACAUUUAAUAAGGAAAGUGGCUUUGAGAAUCCCUUGCAAUGUCAGACUAUUUAGAUCCAGUCUGAACCAUGCUGUUUACAUCCACUCAUGUUCCUCCUUCUAGAUUGAUAUCCAAGUUCAGAUCACUGUUGAUGGGAGUUAUAAAGGAACUUCUUAGGUGGGAAAAAGUUCUUGCUCUCAGUAAACUUAGCACCCAAAACUAUAUGUAAUGUGUUUCUUGCCUGCAGGGGUCUUUUGUUGGCUUGUUUUUCUCCCUAUAGUAUCUGGUAAGUUGAAAUCCUUGUAAAAUAUAUGACCCCAUUUGUUCUCCUAAAGUAAUUCAUUUUCAUAAGGAAAACAAAACAUCCAGCAGCAUGGUUUGACUGGACCAAUAAUUAUCAUUAUUACAAAUUUACAUGUCAACUUGUUUCUAAACCAUAGUACAAGUUCCCUGCAAAUUCUCAAAGUAACUACUAAUCAUCUCUUAGUAAUCCGUGUUACUACAAUAACCACUUAGCACACAGCACCAUUUCAUCAGUUGGAAUUCCAGGCAGUUUACCUUUAAGCGCUCAGUGAUUACAUGUUGGUCAUUCCCCUCUGUACUUGUGUGAUCAGUUUCAUUGUUAUUGCCACUGACCACCAGCAUUUCAGGUACAGCUCUGUAUAGCUCUGUAGACAUGUUAAACAUGUUUAAUACCCAGGACUUUCUUUUGAAAGUUUCAUACCUUAUUACAGUAGUACAAAACACCUCCUACCCCAACUUCAUUCUUAAUUCACCCCAUCACCUAUAUGCCAGGUUAGCAAUACAGUCCUAUAUUGACAAAAUGAGUUUAGAUUGUCGUUGCAUUCCGUAAGUCUUAAUAAUGCUUGAGUUUUAUCUAUAACCAGAUUUUAAGUGCUCCGUUUGUAGAAGACACUAGGAAAAAGUCCAUUCCAUUUACUGGAUGAUAGCUGCUCUGGCUUUAUUAAACUUGGAAUUAACUUUUAUUUAGAGCAAAGGAGGAAAUCUUUUAAGAGGCUAAAAUCAUGCUGCUAUUAUUGCUGUGAAAUUAUAUAAAGAUUAGGAUUCAUGCCAGUUCCUUUUUUAUUAAAAAAAAUCAAAUGAUUGUAUUUUAAGGGUUUAUAUUUAGAAAAAGUUUAAAAAUGAUACAUUUCUAUGUGGAAAUAUCCUAUAAGGUUUUCUUUUGUUGUCCCAGAAUUAGUUGGGGGGAUUCAAUAAGGAUUGUAGUAGAUACUUUGAAACACUAAUAUGAAAAGACCUGUUAAGCGUAGCGUCUACAUUAGUAAAGUGCAGACCCAGCUAGUCUAGACCCAGAAUGUUGAGGAUCGUUCCAUUUGGCAUGCCAACACACUGGGUGCUGUAUUCAGGAGUUUGAUCUUUGGUGAAUAUGCAGGACUCUUUUUCACCUAACCAUCUCUUUUUGUCCGAUAAUCCCCUCUGAAAUCACACCAGCCUUGUAAGUACGCACCAGCAGCUUGGAGAUUAGGAAGGCCUGGUGGGCCUUGGCAACAGAGAGCCCGUAGGAAGUGGCUGAAAAAGUCCUUUCCAGUUUUAAUAUCUGUGGAUUUGUUAUCAUGCAUUGUUUACUCCUGAAACUAAACUCUUCAUUUAUAAAUACGAAUGUUAAUGCCUCAGAGCAAUUUCUUACUAAUAAUGGGUUUAGAAAUAUUGGUAAAUAUUUUGAAUACAGAGUAGCAACUGAAAUUACUGGUAUAAAUGUGAAACACAAACUCCAGAUAAAACCUAGAGCUGUUUCAUUAACUGUAUGUAGAUAUAGCCUUAACUUUGGAGUCAUGUAUUUGAAGGACUUUGCCUAUAUCUUUCCCUUCCUAAUAUUGUGGGGUAGAAAUUGGAUGGCAAAUCACUGUGAGCUGGUUACCUCAGCAUAGUUCACCUUGUGUGUGACGUCACAAAUACAGUAACUAAAUGAUGACAUGGAGGAUUCUGAUCAAGAAUUAGACCCAAAAUGUAAUUCCCUUGAUAUUUUUUCAUAGCCAUGUCUCUAGAAGUUAUCGUGUGCCGUUAACCCCGCCCCCUGGAGUUCUGAUCCCACACUUGGUUUUAUUGACGGAUUCCUUGGAUGUCAGGUUAGAGACUUUGCUAACAACCCCAGAAGUGCUAUUUUCAAAUGUUUAAUUUCCUCCACGCCUUAUGGCUAGUUAGGGUUAGUCUCCUUUUAAACAUGCAAGGCUGCGGGAUAGCUUGAGGGUAGGGCCUUCACAUGUCUUAAGAAAGACAAAGCUUUUUUUUUUUUUAAUUAGAGUCAGAUUGGAAAAAACUAGACUCAUUUCAUAAAGAGGAGAGGCCCUUAAUGUGAGUGGGAAUACAGGAGGAGGAUGUGCAGUUAAAGUAGCAAUAGAUGCAUACAGUGUAAAUUGGAAAUGUGCCCCUUUAUUUGCGGUACCUGCAGAGUCCAUUUGUGUAUUCCCAUGUCAGUCACCUAUCUGGGAUGUUGGCAAAGUAUCGCCUAAGCAGAAUGUAUAAUGAAAGCAAAAGGAUGUCAGAAAGUUAUUUUGAAAUGGUUAGAGGCAUGUGAUUUUCCGUUUUGUGUGUUACAGACACGUCAGGAACGGUGUGUCGUAACUGAAUGCAAGAAUGUCGGUGUGCACAGAGGGUCCCUUUUCCCUUUACCUGAUUAGUACUGUUAAUGUUCAAAGAGUAAACAGUGUUUGUUUUAGAGUUUAGAUCCUGAGAUAGCAAAACCAGGUUCUUUUUCAGCCAUGACUUGCAUGAGAGAAGCACCCUAGAAAGUCUUACAUCAUAUCUCUGCGUUCUUUUAAUUUAUAUAGUUUUAUUAUGUUUUAAUAUUUUUGUGAACUGGUGUAAAUUGUUAAUGCACAUAAGCUUGUGUAUUUUUGUAAAUAAUUUUGUGAUUUAUUUCUUGCCCCAUAUGUAAAUAUUUAGUCUCUUUUUUCCCCCACAAAAACUUAUUUGAAGCUGACUUGUGGAUUUGGGGGUUUAUUUCUUUGUUUUGGUUGGGGAGGGGGAGGGGGAUUUUGUACUCCAGUGAUCCAGAUGGAGAUUCUUGUGGUUUAACGCAAAUGUUCCACUGAAAGCAAUUCAAAUAUCAACAAGUAUUUCAGGUUAAAACAGA